AUGAGGUCAAAUGAGUCACAGUUUGCAAAUCCGCUGCGUGCAGCGAUGACGGCGUCAGGGACCGCCAGCGCUGCUCCUAAGCGUGCUUCACCUGCGGCACAGUCAACGGAUGAAGUCUACGCGUCGCCUCCGAGGAUACUUCCACACAGCGGCGUACUCCAACAGGGUACCCUUCCGGCUGGUUUGCGCCGACCCGUCGCCCACCGAGCUGGGUUUCCGUCUCCGCGACCGUCGCAGCAGCAGCAGCAGGCUACGGCGAGAUGGCGUCCCUGGAGAUACCAUACGCCGGUUGGCAGCAGUUCGGCGGAGUUGAGCAUUUUUUCUUCAGAUAUUACGACAACUCCGAACGGACAAAGAUGUCAAUCCAACAACGAAUCGAAUUCGAUAAGAAUAAUUACUCCAGGUCUUCACAAUUCGUUAGACAGGAGGCUGUUCACCAGGAAUAACCAGAAUCAGACGGGAAGAAAUCAUACGCUUGCCAUGAUGAGACACCAUCAUCAUAAUGGACGUAUUUCGAGUGUAUCCUGGCAGAACCAGCCCUCGCCUCACCAUCAGCGCCAACCGCCAACCACAUCACCGCCACUUCUGACGCCAUCUCCAUCAGAUUCCGGUUUCGCUUCCGGUGUGGAGAAUUCGGCAAACGAUCUCAGCGCCACCGCCAGAGGAGCGCGCGGUCUGACGUCGACCACUCCGUCUGGUAUUAGUGUUGCCAGCGUGGGCAGCAGCAGGGCGUCGAAUAAUAACACAAACGAUGUGGUGACUGCUGCAGGAAGCAGAGUUUGCAGGAGUAGUAAGAUUUACAUUAAUGGCGAUGGGGAGUUUAUUAGCGAGGAGUGGAGUCAGGGGAAAAAUAGUGACAGGAGUGUCACUGAGAAGAAUAUAGAAAAUAUAAAGAACUAUGCGAAAGAAAACAUGAUAUCCAGUGAGAUAUUCAACAACGCAAAAAUAGAAUCCUGCUUAACCAAGUCUCCAAAAGAUUGUGAUAAAUUCUGGAAUAGUAGCUGCAGCAGAAUUACUUGCAAAAGUAAUGAAUGCGAACAAGCAGCCACAUUGAGGAAUAAACUGGAGGAGGCUUUGUGGGAACAGGGCAGGAUAAGAGGAGAAGCUGCCCUGCUGCGACAGCAAUUAAAAGAAGCCAGGAAUGCCCUCUCAGCUCGUGAACUGGAUCUAAUGCGUCUCCGGCACGACACGAAACAAAGUUUUGAAUGCCCAGGUGAUUCCCAAUGUGCUGAAUCUGAAAGGCUACGUGCCGAGUUAUCAACUCGAAUUUGCGAGUUCGAGUCGGAACGCGAGCGCUGGCUUCGGGAAAAGAAGCAGGUGCUGCGCUACCAGCGAUGCCUGCUGCAGCAGCUGGCUGAUACCACCGAAGAACAGGUGUAA